AUGAUCAAUAUACCAGCAGAGGGUACCUUAGGAGUGUGGCGUGGGGUUGACACUAGGACGUCUCCAUCACUUAGCUUGCAACCAUCUAUUGCUGGUGGUGGGACCGGAAUAGACAAUCAUCCAGUCAAUAAGGUCGGGUCGCUGGAAGAGCUAAUGAACAAGCCGUUGGUAGGAGCCACUCAACUUCUAGCAGUGGUGCUAAGAAUGGUUUUAAAAGCGCUGCAGGAGCUCCCACGGGAGCUCUUUCUAUCGAUUCCAUGCAAUAACCAUCAAUUCCUGGCACUAGUGGCGGUGCACUUAUUAUCCCAGUUCAAAUCCUAG